AAAUUCAAAUUCUGCGGCGACAACGACUGCCAGGACUGGCUGCUGGCGCAGAUUAAUCUACUGUCAAAGUUGACGUCAAUCAAAGUCAAGCUGAUCCUGAACGAAGUGAUCGGCAACCUGCUGACCGGAAAGGAGCUUGAUUUCGCCAAAAUCUGCAAGCUAACGGCAGAUGCGAGGCUAAGCGAAGACGAGACAAAGGCGGCAGUGGCGGCGCUUCACUUCAUCAUCGCCAGCGCCUCAAAGUACGACACUGAGGGCGAGGUCCUCUCCAAUGAACUGCAACAGCUCGGUCUACCUCGAGAACACUCCACCGCCCUCUGCAAGGUCUACGCGGACAAUGUGGGCAAAGUGCAGGCGGCCCUCAGAGAACAAAGUCUAAGAU